AUGUCAGUUUUUGAUGAUAUCUUGAAUGGAGUGGAACACAGGUUGUGUUUACGCCAUUUAUACAACAAUUUCAAGAAAAAAUUUGGGGGAGGCCUAGUCAUUAGAGACCUCAUGAUGGGGGCUGCGAAGGCAACAUACCAUAAGGAAUGGGAGAAAAAAAUGGGUGAGUUAAAAAAUCUGAAUGUUGAUGCCUUUAAUUGGUUAAUGGGUAUACCAACUAAAUUUUGGUGUAAGCAUGCUUUUAGUGCUUAUCCUAGGUGUGAUGUGUUGAUCAAUAACUUGUCUGAGUCAUUUAAUAGUACUAUUUUGUUGGCAAGGGACAAACCUAUAAUUACAAUGAUGGAAUGGAUUAGAUCAUACUUAAUGAAAAGGUUUGCAAGCCUUAGAGAAAAAGUUGACUCAUAUCCUGGUGAUGUUAUGCCUAAACCGAGGAAAAGAUUAGAUAAGGAGGUUGAAAAAAGUGGUAAUUGGCUUCCUGUUUGGGCAGGGGGUUCACAAUUUGAANUAACUCAUGGCUUUACCAUGGACAAGUUUGUUGUUGAUUUAAGUAAUCACACAUGUACUUGUUANUUGUGGGAUUUGGUAGGAAUACCAUGUAGACAUGCUNUUGCUGCCAUUCAUUACAAAUCAGAAAACCCAGAAAAUUAUGUUCAUCCUUACUAUAAAAAAGAUGCCUAUAGAACUUGUUAUGCACCAAUUAUAAGUCCUAUCAAUGGACAACAACUUUGGUCUACCUCUGACUCUCCACAACUACUGCCUCCUAUUUACAAAACACCUCCUGGGAGGCCAAAAAAAUUAAGAAGAAGAGAAGCUGAUGAAUAUGUCACCCAUGGAAAAUUGUCAAAGACCAAUACUGCUAUAAGAUGUAGCAGUUGCAAUGCAUACGAACAUAAUUUAAGGACAUGUAAAAAGAGUCAGAACAACAAGAACAAAAGGGGUGCUUCUGCAUCAACACUUGGAUCUGCUGCAGGAAGGGGAGCAGCUGCAGGCAGGGGGGCAUCAUCCUCAACAUCAGAAGCUGGAAGGGGAUCGGCCAGAUCUGCAGAGGCUGAGGCUGCAUCAACAUCAGGAGCUGGAGGAGCUGCAACUAUGCGUGAAGGAGGAACAAGAGCAUCCUCAAGACUGGGUGGACAAAUUCUAGGGUCUCAAGCAAGUUGUAAUUGA